CGAUUCUAAUUACAUCUCACCCCCUCUCUUUAUUCGAAUCAGUGUCUGUCUCUGAGAAAAGGUCAAAAGCCAUGUAUUAAACAAAGGGUUUAGGCAAUCUAGGCUGUAGUGCUGUAUCUCUCUUUAUCUCCAGCAUUCAGCAUUGUCUUGUUAAAUAAGAGAUUUUUAUAAUCGAAAAGCCGGUCCUUGAAUCGUGGUCUUCGUGGAUGCUAGUGCAGGAGUGACCUUCACGAUCUCGCCACAUCUCUCUCUCUCUCUCUCUCUCUCUCUCUCUCUCUCUCUCUCUUUGUUUCGUUUCGCGAAUAUACAUAUAUUCGGAUGGCCAUAUGAUUUCCUUAAGUGUUUGAACUUUCCGUCGACGAAUCCAUCUCCCUCUUUUGCUACCCAUUCCCUCUCUUUUUGUUUUUAUUGGUGUCUUUCUUGUUUGAAGGGUUACCCUAUUCUUUCCUUGGUAUUUGGUUUCUGUUUACCUUUCUGGGAUUCUUCGACCCAUCUUUUUAAUACUAUUAUUAUAAUUUUGUUUUGAAUUGGGAUUCCCUCAGCUUUUGUUGUUUUCUUUUUAGAUUCUUCGUAGACCCUAGUGGUGUUUUUUGGCUUGUAUUUUCUGUUCUUUUGCGCUUUGGGCAACUAUGUUAGUUAGUAUACUGGUAGUAUUAUAUAUUCUUGGUGAGUGAGUUUUGCCUCUUUUCUCUUUGUACCUGUUUGAUGGGCUGUUGAUGUCUAUGGCGGUUGGUGAGGAUUCAAGUUCCAAGAGCAUGGGGUUAGACAAAGAUGGGACUGUUGUUGAUAUUGAAGCUUCAGAGACAAAAACAGCAUCAAAGAUGCCAACAAACGGUGAUAACGUUGAAGGACAUCACCCAGGGUUCAGUAGAAAAGCCAGCGAAAGUUCUUUUUGUCCAACUGAAGAUGAAGAUGACCAUGAUGAUGAAGAGAGGGAGAUUGAGUUGGGCCCUAAUUGCACCCUUAAAGAACAAGUCGAAAAGGACAAGGAUGAUGAAAGCUUAAGGAGGUGGAAGGAACAACUUCUUGGUACCGUGGAUUUCGACUCCGUUGGAGAAAAGCUGGAACCUGAUGUUAAGAUCCUGAGCCUUGCAAUCAAAUCACCUGGUAGGCCUGAUAUCGUACUUUCAAUUCCGGAGAACGGAAAGCCUAAAGCCCCGUGGUUUACCUUAAAAGAAGGUAGCAAAUACAGACUGCAAUUCAGUUUCCAAGUGAACAACAAUAUUGUAUCCGGACUCAAGUACACUAAUACGGUUUGGAAAACUGGUGUCAAGGUUGAUAGCAUGAAAGAGAUGAUUGGGACCUUCAGCCCCCAGGCAGAGCCUUACACACAAGAAAUAUCCGAAGAAACAACUCCGUCUGGGAUAUUUGCUAGAGGAUCUUAUUCAGCUAGAAGUAAGUUUGUUGACGAUGACAAGAAGUGCUACUUGAAGAUCAACUACAGUUUCGAAAUCCGUAAAGAAUGGCAAUCAUAGACGACAUACAAAUGAAUCAUUUACAAUUAAAUCAGUUUGCUCAUGUCCAUUGUUUGUCAAGUCACCUUUAGAUGUAACAAUAGUUCAUUUACUGUUCUUAUUUGCUCCUGUGUGAGAGUGAGACUAGGAAUCAUCUAUACAAUGAAGAGAGUUAAUCAAAAAGCGUUCUGUUUUACCUGAGUUGCAGUUAGACAUUAAUUUCUUUAGGAUGGAUUAAUAAAAAGCUAAGCUUUUUCUUUCAAUCUACCUUCAUGUGAUGCGCCGCGCUUAUCUUGCAUUCUGUUAAGCUUUAUCCAGCUGCCAUUUGGAGUAAUUGGAUA